AUGGGGAUCAGAGACCAAAGGUGCCGAUGUGGUCAAUGCCUUUCCCCUGAGCAUCAAGAAACGAACAUUGGGACAGGACUGUCAGCAGCAACCGCCGAGGCCCUGGCAAGCGGCGAUGCAGCCGCCAUUAUCCUGAUGGGCAAGUCGCAGGCCGAAGCGCAAGCGAUGAUUGACGAUAUCAACCACAAACAUCCCAAGGCGAAGCUGAUAUUCAUAUCGGUGGAUUUCGGCCGGUUGGCCUCUGUGCGCGAGGCGGCGGAAGCGAUUAGGAAGCUUGAGGUUCCCAUCGAUGGGUUUGUGGGGUUUCCCACGGUAAUGGCUGGACCGUGGAUGAAGACGGAGGACGGAAUCGAGUCUCACUUCCAGUGCAACUAUCUCAGCAAUUUCCUCCUGAUCAAUUUGGUGGUUCACUUGAUGCCGGCAGGUUCAAGGGUGGUCAUCGUUUGCUCUAGUAUCCGGCCUGAAGCGCCGCCGCCGGCCUGGGAUGACCCCAAUUUCGCAGAUGGGAAGAAAUAUCAUCCACUGGACGCAUAUGCUCUAUCGAUAUUUGCCAACGUUCAGAUGGUCAAGUGCCUGGCUAUCACUGGCUGUGGACGGUCAAUGGCCACAUUUUCGGUCAAUACUGGAAACACCAAACCAAGCCUUCAGACCGUUGCUUCGCCAGAGCAGUCAGCCCGGUUUCAAGUGGGAGAAGACCUACCGCUGCUUCUUCAACAAGCGCCAAAGUCGGCGUCCCAGGGGAUUGCCACGAUUCUCAGAGCUCUUCUCGACCCGGACAUCAGUGAUAAUUGCCAGAUCCUCGCUCUGCCGAAGAUUGACUUCCCUGCCGGUGAGGAAAACGGUCGAGCGUUAUGGACGCAGAGUGAGCAGCUGGUAGGGCAGGAGUUUAAGCGGCUGUAG